AGAAAUCUUAAUUAAAACAAAAGAUUAAAGUUUUUCAUGUACAUUAAGUAAUAAAUUACAAUUCAAGUGUUCUAAGAACAGGUUGUGCAAAAGUUCUACGUAUUCAAUAAGAAGAAAAUGCUUUUUAGUUGCCGAAAUGACCGAGUUUCUAGAUGAAAACAAUGCCUGCGGCCAGAAUCUUAUCAAUAUUGUCUCGGUGGGCAAUUCCAUCAUAGCAGAGAUCCUGCGCCUCAAGGACUACAUACCAAGUAUAUAUAGAUUGGAGACCAAGGCAGAUAGGGCGAAAUAUGGGGAGAUUCUGCUGGAUUUCAGCUACUUUAAAGGGGCCGAGGCUCAUGAGAAGAAGAUUGAGGAAAGCCAGGCGCUAACCGAACUGGAUGACGAGGUGCGCAGCCAACUGUCGCUGAUAACGCGCUUCUAUCUGGCCUUCCAGAGCAUCCAUCACUAUGCCACCGACUUGCACCAGUACAUCAAAGAGCUGGACAGCGGAUACUACAUUCAGCAGACGCUGGAGACGGUGCUCCAGGAGGACGAGGGGCGUCAGCUACUGUGCGAAUCACUUUACCUCUUUGGCGUAAUCCUUCUCCUGCUCGACUUUCACAUACCGGGCGAUGUGAGAGAGCGUCUGCUCAUAGCCUACUAUCGACACAGUGGUGGCGAUGCCACCCCCAUGUCCGGAUCGGAUAGCAAUAUCCAGGAUGUGUGCCUGCUCCUCCGAUCGACCGGCUAUGUGCAUCCCUCAGAGGUGGCUAAAUUGCCAGCCAAGGCGGCUGCGAACCUGGUAGUUCCCAGAUAUCCAGAGGAGUACUUCUCACGCUUUACCUUUGAUGAGAACUUCGUGGAUCUGGUCGUGGCACGUCUUCGCUGCGAUGACAUAUACAACCAGCUUACGUUGUACCCGCACCCUGCACACCGUUCCACCGCCUUAUCCACUCAGGCCGCCAUGCUGUAUGUAUGCCUUUACUUUUGCCCCAAGGUCCUUCACAAUCAAGGCUCCCAGAUGCGCGAGAUUGUGGACAAGUUUUUCUGCGACAACUGGUGCUUGUCCCUCUACAUGGGCAUAACCGUGAACUUGGUAGAUGCCUGGUUGGACUUCAAGGCGGCCCGGUCUGCUAUCGAGAAUGUGACAAGUCCGGUGGCGAUUAAGACCCUUUGCGUGCAGCAAAGGGAGCAGCUGGGAAAGGUCCUGCAGAAGACCCAGGAGAUAACGCGCGAGGGAAUACUGGACGAUGGCUUUGUGACUGAGCAUGCCAACAAGAUUAUCCUUAUGAUGCGGCAGUCGAAUGUCCUGCUCCGCUGGUUCUGCCUGCACACAUCUAAGGAGGUGUUUGUCUUCUCACACAACACUGCCAGCCAGCCGGGACAAGUUCAGCAGAUGGUGAUCCAGGAGCUGCAGUUCGACAGGAAUGCCAUCUACCACUUGAUGCUCAAUUGCAGCCAAAUGGAGCUGUGUGUGCGCGAACUGUUGGCGGAUAUUCAGAAGACCAAGGGAGAUCGUUGGACGAAGAGCCGGGAGGAGGCCAUGGAGAGGCUGAAGGAGUUAAGUGAGGCCUUUGGCGGCUCCAGGCCUUUGACCAAGAUCGAACCGAAUCCCCAGCUACAGCAGUGGUUCGGCGAGGUGGCCGAUCGCCUGAAGAAACUGGAGCUGACCAGACCGCAGAAGUCGGGCCGCCUAAUCAUUCAGGUAAUGCAGGCGCUGGACGAGGUGCAGGAGUACCAUAAUCUCCACUCCAAUAUGCUAGUUAAGCAGCAUGUACAGGAGACCAGGGAAAUGUUAAGUCAUAUGGCGCAGCUGAUCAACCUAAAGGAGGACAUCGAAAUCCAAAUCCAGAUGAUCACCGACUUUAGUUACGCGUGGCAUCUUCUGCAAAGGGAUUUCAAGCCGCUCAUGCAGGAGCACAUUAAGCGACAGCCCCAGGCUGUUAUCGGCAUCCGCGCGGUUUUCCUUAAAUUGGCCAGCACCCUGGAGGUGCCAUUGAUGCGGAUCAAUCAGGCCCGGAGCGAGGAUCUGGCCUCCGUGUCCAAUUACUACAGCACGGAGCUGGCCAACUUUCUGCGACGCAUUCUUCAAAUCGUUCCCGAGACCAUGUUCAGCAUUCUAGCGCGGAUCAUCCAUCUGCUUACCAAUGUCAUCAAGGAGUUUCCUACGCGAGUGGAAAAGGAACGCCUAAAGGAGUACGCACAGUUCGAGGACCGAGCCAAAGUAGCGCAGCUCACCAACUCCAUAGCCGUUUUCACCAAGGGAAUCCUUAUGAUGAAAACAACGUUGGUGGGCGUAAUUGAGUUGGAUCCCCAGCAAUUGUUAGAGGAUGGGAUACGCAAGGAGCUGGUCAAUCAUCUUUCGAGUGCUUACAAUCUGGGUCUGAUAUUCACGCCCGAGAAAGGCAAAACGCCAGUGCAUCUUCUCCAACAAAAACUGGAGGCGCUUGCCAAGACGAUCGAGGGAUAUCGCAGGUCUUUCGAGUACAUUGAGGACUAUCUAAGGGUUCAGGGACUUGGCAUCCUGCUGGAGGAAUCGCAACGGAUCAUCAACUACAACGUGGAGAAGGAGUGCAAUGCCUUUCUGCGUCACAAAGUCCAGGAAUUCCAAUCGGUGCACCAGAGUUCAAUCAUUCCCAUUCCAAACUUCCCGCCGGUGCAGGGAGAUCUCUCCGGAUCUAACAACUUUAUUGGACGCCUGGCUCAUGAAAUACUACGCUGUACGGAGCCCAGGCAAACCAUCUUUCUGGAUCUCAAGAACAUAUGGUACGAAAAGAAAGCUCACCAAGAAGUACUGUCAGGUUCCGGAUUCUUUGGGAUACUGCGCGAAGCCGUGGCUCCGGCUGGAAUGGUGGGACUGGAGCGUCUCUACGCACACAUGCUGGCGGAUGAGCUGAAGCGUAAUCUGGAAAGGUUGCAGAAGAACCUCAACUCGGAUCGCAUGUGGGUAGAUGCCUUGGAAAGCCUUACGCGGGAACUAGAAGCUCGGGACUUCCCCGCACCCGAGGUGGCAAAGCAGCCGUUGAAGUAUUAUCAGUCCUACACUCAGCGAUGGCUCAAGGUGUGGCCAACGCUUCUGGAUUGGGUGCUGGCCAUCGGACAGAAGCAGCUGCUACGACACCAGAUUGCCGGAGAGUUGAGUUUUAGUAGCAAGUGCGAUGCCAAGCUGCUGGAGAACACCGCGGAUACCCUGAAUCGGGCCCUUCUUCUAGAACUGUCACUCAGCAAGAGUCUGUGUGAUGAACAUGGAGUGGGCAUGCUAACCGAGCUUCAGGAUAUUCUUCUCUAUACGGGCAACUAUGAGCCACUGGAGCAGGUCUUUGUCAUCACCAAAAACAGCCACAAUGUGUCCCUGUUUCUAUUCCUGUUCACUAUUGCCCAUCUGGGUCGCUUGCAGCAUUCGACGAACACGGAUUGCCUGCUGCCCAAGUCAGCCAAAGAUGUUAUAGACUGUGUGCCUUUUGUUGUGGGUCUGCUGACCAUUCUGCAGCAGUUCCACAAGAAUGUCAAGAUGCUGUAUAUAUCCUACAUGAGCCAGUAUGUGGUAACCGUUGCGGAAGCGCAUUUGCUGGACAAGGAAAUCCUGGGACCCGACGUUGUCACUGCCCUCCACUUCCUAAUGGCCUUUAUUCGGACUGCCCGUCUGCCUCUGAGAGUGCUGGAGCAGCGCAUUCCCAACAUCUUACUCAGUGAGUUUGAGUAUCUGGCAACGCCCACAAAGUAAGGUUUGGGCUACACACAAACUUUAAUAAAUCCGCAAACAUAACAAGGAAAUGCCUCGCUGAGGUACAAGUACA